AUGCCAGUCUCUACCAUCAUCCAAAAACAAGACAUUAUCAAAUACAAAAAGAUAUUCCAUUUCCUAUGGGGUGUCAAAAGAAUAGAAUAUUCUCUCACUUCUAUUUGGAGAAAAACUAGAUCCUAUAGUGAUAUUUUAUCAAAUCUAAAAGGUUUUACAAAAGAUAUUCAAAGAUCACAUUUAUUAACAAAUGAAAUGAUUCAUUUUAUGACAAAUUUCCAUUAUUAUGUAAUGUUUGAAGUAAUAGAAUGCUCAUGGGAAAAAUUAUGUAAACAAGUCAAUGAAGCUACAGACCUGGAUCAAUUGAUUGAAGCACAUUCAAAGUUCCUUUAUGAAAUUGGCACUAAAACUUUCCUAACCAAUUCAGAAACCUGUUAUGAUAGUUUUAAAAAGGUUUUAUCAAUCAUUACUAAAUUUACAACUCUUCAAACUAAUGUUUGUAUUUUGGCUCAUGCAAUUAAAAAGGAACAAAUUUUAACAGAUUCACAUUAUGUAAAGAUAAAUAGAGAAUUGACAAAUUAUAAAACACAAUUAAAUUCAAUUGCCAAUGAUUACAAACAUUAUUUCGAUUUGUUUGAAAAGGAAUUAUCGAAAUUAAAAAUUCAUCAAGAUGUCAAUCCAAUUUCACUAUUAUACAUGUUGGAUUUUAAUGAAUAUUAUUCCAAUACUAAUCAAGAUGAUGAAUGA